AUGGCAGUUCUGUGCCAAGCGUCAUUUUUCUGUUUGAAGCAAAAGAACGGAGCUAGUGAUGAUGACGAAGAGGAAGACGAAAACGAGAACGAAGCUGAGGUUGACUCGAGCCAAAUGCCUCAUGUCAUAUCCGUAUUCGACUUAAGGAAAUGUACAGAUCCCGUGCUGACAAUCAAAGUGAGUGUGGUGUAUUUCACUACGGAAGCAUUUUUAUUGGUAUUUUGAAG